UUCGCCGAUACGAGAUAACAUAUCGGGUUUGAUCCUUCUAGCGAUGGCUACGCAACAUCGAGUCCUCGCCAUCGUCCACCUAAUGUUAGGUGAAUUCGACCUGCCUCAUGGGAAAAGCACUAGUUGGGCAAGAACCCCCCUUUUUCAAGGACGUUAAUGAUUUGAUAUACCGAAACCGUUCCGAGCACAGCUCGUGGGCCUCUUGCCCCGCCUUCAAAGCAACUGAAAGAUUGCUCCCUUGGAAGGAAUGAAUCAAUCCUUCCAACCACUCACCGAAGCAACCAGAUCAUCCACCAUCGCAAGCCAAGGACCGCUUCCAAUUUCUUGAGUAGCCCCUAAGCCUUCUCUAUUCCUAGCCUCUUCCCAUCACCAACUCUCCCCAGAAGAAGAAGGACAACAACCAAGCAAAGAAUCCCGGAAUGGGAAACCGCCGGCCGGGUCUCGCCGCGUUGCUGCUCUCCUUGGCCAUCGUCUCCCUCGGCGUCGCCGCGGCCCUCUCGAGCAUCGCCGCCGAGAUCAAGAAAACCAAGCUGAGGCAGCUCAAAUGGGACGGCAAGCUAUGCUACUUGCCCGGGAGCGACGCGUUCAAGUACGGGGUCGCGGCGCUGGCUUGCCUCUCGGUCGCGCAGGUGGUCGGGUACGCCGCGAUAUGCGCCGGCUUUUGCUCGAGAGAUCGGAAGGGCGUCGAGAGGCGCAAAGGGAAGAGGCUGACGAUUAAGGCGGCUCUCUUCGUGGUUUCGUGGACGAGCUUCGGAGUGGCGACAGUAGUGCUCGGCGCGGCGGCGAGCAUGAGCAGGGAUCAGCCCUACCGAAGAGGAUGGCUCAACGGCGAAUGCUACCUGGUCAGAGACGGAGUGUUCGUCGCCUCGGCCGUGCUGGUCGCGAUUGCAUCAGGUAGCACCCUCUGCCUAGCUGUGAUGUCCAUGAAGAAAGGUCGGAUCGAGCAAGACCUUAAGCUGCACCCGCAAGCGGGCUGAAACAAAAAAAAGAGAGGGUGGAAUCGAUCGCGAAAGUACGCACGAAUCGACUCGUUUUUGCUGGAGAUCCGUCGCUAGCUCGCUCUUCGCGUCGAGCCAAUCGAGGGGACCCGGCUCCGGUUUGCGACAAUUAGUAAUAAGGGUAAGAACAUGAUCUUUAAGAUCUUUGGUUAUUCUUCGCCGGAAGAACAUGUUAAGCAUGUUUGGUGGCAAUGAAGCACUUUU